AUGCAGGAGAAGCAGUGGCAUCAUCACAAUGGCAGAUGGGAAGCAAGAAUAGGGCGAGUUUUUGGUAACAAAUACCUCUACUUAGGUACUUACAGUACUCAAGAGGAAGCAGCUCGAGCUUAUGACAUUGCUGCAAUCGAAUACAGAGGGAUGAACGCGGUGACUAACUUUGACUUAAGCACUUAUAUUAGAUGGCUAAAACCUGGUGCCAAUACUCAGAUGGCAUUCCAAGAAUUAAGAUCAGAAAAUCAGGCUAUACAAACCAACAGUAACGACAUGAUUAACCCGAUAAAUGAUCCUCAAUUCACUUUUGGCUCCAAUUAUUUUACCACAACUAGAGAAACUCUGCCCCCUAUUCCACAAAGCCAAGAACCCAUUGAGAGAAAAAUGCCCUUAAGUCCAUGCAACAAGUCGUCUCCGCCUACAGCUCUCAGCCUUCUGCUCCGAUCCUCCAUGUAUCGCGAGCUCGUGGAGAAGAAUUCCACCACUAGUACUAAUGAAAAGGAUGAGUCAAACAUGAAGAACAAAGAAAAAAUAAACAUAGAAGAUGAGUUUGUGUUUUAUUCAAGUGAUAAGUUGCCUGCAUUGGAGUCAAUGGAGAAGGGUAUUACUUCGUCUCGUUUGUGUGAUAGAGCAGGGCAGUCCUUUUGGAAUGUGAUGCCUUAA